AUGGCCUUACAGUCAGAGGAGAAGGGUUCGUUCGCCCCAGGUCGGGAGGAUGUUGAAUCGCCCGCCGUGAAAGAGGAACCCUCACCAUCCUCCCCAACCCCAGCCGACGCCGAAGAAGAAAAGGCCCUCCUCUGGAAACAAGACAAGCGCAUCAUCCCGCUCUCCGCAAGCAUCUACUUCCUCUGCUUCCUCGACCGCUCCAACAUUGGCAAUGCAAAGAUCCUAAACUCCUCCACGGGCCACGACAUGCAGACUGAAACGCACAUGUCCAACCACGACUUCACAAUCGCCCUCAUGAUCUUCCUCAUCGCCUAUGCAAUAUUCGAGGUACCCUCAAAUAUCCUCCUCAAGAAGCUCCGGCCCUCGCGAUGGCUGGCCUUCCUCAUGUUCUCAUGGGGCUCCGUCACGAUCGGCCUCGGCGGCGCAAACAGCUUCGCGACGGUAACGGGCGUGCGGUUCCUCCUCGGCGUCUUUGAGGCGGGUUUGUUCCCGGGACUGGUGUACUAUCUCACCUUUUGGUACAAGCAUGACGAGAGGAGCGUGAGGGUUGCUAUGAUCCUCGCGAGCGCGACGUUGGCAGGUGCGUUUGGCGGGGCGAUUGCGUAUGGCAUCGGGCACAUGAACCAGGUGCACGGUAUGUCGGGGUGGCGGUGGCUCUUCAUCCUCGAAGGCAUACCAUCAUGUCUGUCUGCCUUUUUCGUAUGGUUCUUCUUACCUGAUUAUCCCGAGAGUGCUGGCUGGCUUUCGGAGCGAGAGAAGGAUCUCGCGCUGCGGAGGCUCUACCACGAGGGCAGCAAGAGCAGCCACAAGACCAUGUCGUGGGAGGAAGCCAAGGCGACGCUGACGGACUGGAGGCUGUAUGGACACUACCUGGUGUACUUUGCAAUGUCGACACCCUUCUCAUCGCUGUCGCUUUUCACGCCAUCCAUCACCUCGGGACUCGGGUUCGUCGAUCUACAAGCGCAGCUGAUGACGGUUCCCCCAUACGCUGCAGCAUACGUUGUCCAAAUCCUCGUAGCCUGGUCCGCAGACCACUUCAACGCCCGCGGCGUCCACUCCGCAGCCCUAGCCCUCAUCGGCGGCGUCGCCUUCGCCGUCUCGACCGUCCUCCCGCCCGACGCCUACAACGCGCGCUACGGCUGCCUCAUCGUCGGCGCCUCGGGCGCCUUUGCGUGCAUCCCGCCGCUGCUGGGCUGGCUGACGUCCAACAUCUUCAGCACGGCGGCGACGGGGCUCGCCAUCGCGCUCAACGUCAGCAUCGGCGCCGGGCUCGGGCAGAUCCCGGGCGUAUGGGUCUACAAGGCCGAGGAGAAGACCCGGAGGUACCCGACGGGUCACUGGGCUAACGCGGCGCUGCUUUUUGUUGUGGUCGUUGGGUGUGCGGCGCUGAGGGUGUAUUAUGGGGUUAAGAACCGGGGGAUUGUGCGUCGGGCUGCGGAGGAGGGGACGGAGCCGCGGUUGUUCAAGCUAUGA